AUGAGUCUUCAAGAGCUGUUUUAUUGCUGCAAAACAGGUGAUAUUCAAAAAUUACGGUACCUGGUUGAAGAAAGAGAAGUUGAUAUCAAUGUACGAGAUAAAUGGGACAGCACUCCCUUGUAUUAUGCCUGUCUGUGUGGACAUCGUUAUGUGGUGCAGUUUUUGUUAGAACAUGGUGCUAAAUGUGAAGCAAACACAUUUGAUGGUGAACGAUGUUUAUAUGGCGCCUUAACAGACGAUAUUCGAAACACACUUCAUAGCUACAAGGCCAUCUCCAGCAGGCUUAUGCGUAGAGACCAGUAUGAGGAAUUUUUACGCAGGUUGCUUGAAAGUGGUCUUCAUUCUGAUGUAGCUUUUGAUGUCCAUGGGGAGAAAAUUCCUGCCCACCGUUGCAUUCUUGGAGCUCGAGUUCCAUACUUCGCUGAGUUGUUCUGCACAAAGUGGAAUGGCCGGCACCUCAUAGAGCUGAAACACAGAUUGGUAAGGCCAUGGGCUUUCCAAUCUGUCAUUCAGUACCUAUAUACAGGUCGAAUGGAAACCAGCUUAGAGUUUGCUGAGGACUGUAUUCGUGUUGCAAGGCAGUGCCAGCUUCCAAAGCUUGUUUCAUAUAUUGAGGACAGCUUGAAGAAGACUCUUGAGUUCCAGAGAUCCAAGCCUGGUGUGCAGGUAACAACUCUAACUGUGGAGCCUGUAAACAGCUCUCCUAUGCUGAAGGCUGACAUGGCACAGUUGGCAGAUACUGCUAUUCCACCCUCAUUGUCUUCAUGGGUCCAAGGUGAGCUGCCCUUUGACCCAGAAGUCAGCCAGCUGUUUGCUGACAUCUGUUUUAUUGUUGAAGGUCAUGAGUUUAUGUGUCACAAGGCAUUUUUCUGCAUGAGAAGUGAUUACUUUCAAGCCUUGAUAGAGGACCCAUUUGGUGAAAGCUACAAGAAGAACAGCAACAUCCCUGUUAUAACAUUGCGUAAUAUCUCUGCCCCAGUCUUCCUUUGCAUUGUGAACUACAUAUAUCAUGACUCUUGUGAGCUAUCUGACGAGGUUGUCUAUGAUGUCCUUUGUGCUGCGGACUUGUAUUUGCUGCCAGGUCUGAAGCGACUGUGUGGUUUGGCUCUGAUGCACAUGACAGACGUUGAAAAUGUUGUGUGGAAGAUUCGCACAGCACGCCUCUUUGCCCUCCCUCGCCUGGAGGCUCACUGUGCAGAGUUUAUUGCUUGCAAUCUGGCUGAGGUCAUCGAAGAAGAAGACUUUGCAGAGCUGGUUAAGGAGGAUGCAUCUAAUGUCAAGGAGCGACAAGAAACUGAUAGUAUUGACAUCAUUGAUGAAAUCAGGUACUAUAUUGCAAAUGUGGUCAGGACCUUUUCAGAUCUUCAAGAUGCAGACAGCCGUCUGCGAAUGAUUGAUCAGCUGCUGGAAGAUCUUGGGUUGGAUGGUUAGUGCCUCAGGGCUCAACUAUUUUGACCGUUUCUGCUUACAGUCCUUGGGUUGUCAGUGGUGCUGUAUAGUCUUGGUUACUUAAUGAAGAGUUUUUUAUGGUGAGUUAUAAGUGAAUUUUGAUAAUAGUAUAUGUUAUGCAAAAUUUUGGGUAGCAUUGGCUUAUAUAAAAGAGCAAAAUGCGCAACAACAUAUUAGAGAUUGAAGGUCUUAUCAUCUUAGAGGACACCUUGUGUGCCUACAAAUGUUAAAUUUAUCUCUUUAUUUGUGUAAAGUUAAUAGUUUCAGGGAAGGAUUUUGCAAUUUUAAAUGUAUUUUGAAAAGAAUAAAUGAUCUGUAUGAGAGAGAUGUUGCAUGCAAUAGACAUGGAAUAUAUUAACUUUUUUAAUUAUUGUUAUUAUAUGUGUGUAUGUGCGUGUGUGUGUGUGUUUCUGAGGGUGAUGGUGGUGUGGUCUCACUAACUUUACAACCACUUAAUCUAUCACUGAUACAAACACAAGACAGAUUUAUAUGUAUUGUGUGUUGCUGUUAUUAAACAUUUAUUUCUCUGAUGUUUAAUAUUGAUAAACAAGCAAUUUUCCUGUGAUUUUCCUUACUUUGAAUUUUUUUUUUUAAUGUAUGAUUGUAUAUAUUAUUUUUUCUGUGUGAGAACAUUUUCAUUUGUUAAUAUUUUACCAAGUUAAUCAGUGUGUCACUAUUUAGCAGAUUUCUAUGUACUGUUGAUUAUUUUGAGCCUACCCAACUCACUUUAAAAGCUUUGAUAGGCACAGUUUAGUCUCCAGCACUUAGAAUUCCUGCAUAUUAAAGAUUUUAACUUAAACAGAUGAAUAUACACAUUCAAAAACUAGAGUGUAGCCUUUCAUCAAACUUAUGUUGAGCAGUCUGGUGGCACAAUGAUUAUCACUUGUGACCAAUACAGCGAGAAUCAGUUGUCCUGGGUUCAUAUCUAAUCUUGGACACAAUGAAUGUGGCACCUGUUAUAGCUUUGCUGUGAUAUAGCCUUAGUUGUUGGCUGGUUAUAACACACCAAUUCUUCCCCCAAAAAGAUAUGUUCUAGAAUGUAGAACUUUACAAUCUGGCUUAAUUAUUCAAAUAAAUUCCUUUUUUUGUACAUGUUAUUCUUCACAACAGAAAAAAACACACAACUUUGCCACCUUGGUAGCUUUUCUUAAAAAAAAUCUGAAAGGCAAGAUUCUAGCAGGAACACUGAUAAGUGUGUAUCUGUCCCGUGAAAGUGAGAAGCUGUCAUGAUGAAAUAGUUAAUGUUUUAGAUGGGUAUGCUUAGUAGAUAUCAAUUACCAAAAGUUGCUUAAAUAAACGGUCAUGUAAUGUUUGUGUGAGAACAACAGUCUCUGAAUGUGUUUCCAGCUUUUUAAAGAGGCAAAUGGACAAUGUUUCAAUCUCUUCAGAUGUAUCGAGGCAAUUGAGCUACAACUAUGAAGACUUUCGCAUUCACAGGUGCAAAUUGUAUUUUAAAAAGUUUUGAAAACCCUAUAUCUGACCUAACUUGCAGACUAUACACUCUUAUAGUUAGUAACUGGAUUAAUUCAUUGGACCUUUAUUUGACUAGUAUUAGGAGUUUAUGUUACACAAUAUCCAGAGCUCCUGACUUAAUCCAUUGAUGUCAUAGCAUAAAAAGGAAUUUCUAGAUGGAGAACAAAAGUGGUUUAGAAAACAGAUAACUGUUCACCUUCCUAACAAUAUGUUUCACUUUUUAAAAAAUUAUUUGAUUGUUCUUGUCUUCCCUCUAGAGCUUUUUGUUUAUAUUUUCUCACAGCAACUACUCUUGCCAACCAUUGCAAUGGUGCUGUCUUCAGUUAGUUCACAUGACUAAACUUUACUCCCCACAAAAGUAUUGUAUUGCAAGUUAAAUGUUAUAAGGCAGUGCUUUUAUGCUUAUCCUGACCACAUUGUAGAGAGGUUUAGUCACACUACCCAGUCAGUUUCAUGUUGAGUGUUUUAUGAUGCUGCUUGGGUUCUUCACAGUAACCAGGGUGUAGGGUCAUGAGUAGUGUAAUCAGAGACAGUCAGAAUGAGGUGAAGGGGAAACAGACAUGAAAUUGUUAGUAGGCUAAUCUUCACGUCCUCAGGUAGUUUGGAAAAGUGGGCCUUAGUGCACAGCUCUGAAGGUCAGAAAACAUGAUACUUGAUAACAUGAUACCAAAUCACUGGAGCAUGCAAUGCUGCACUUCUGACACAGUGUAAACAUUUCCUGCGAUUCUGAUCAGUCGUUAAAACUACCCUGUGCUUAAUUGCAUGUAAGCUAUACUGUGCCGUACUUUUAGAAAUAACAGUAUGCCUCAUUUGCUUAAAUGUCUCAAGCAAUAAUUUUCCUUGGAUUGUUGAGAAUUUUUUAAUCAAAACACUUUAUAUCAUAAUCAAGCAUGAAUCAUUUUCAGUUGAGCUGUUGUUAGCUUCAAAAAGCUAUAUAUUGUCAAAAGAUUUAAUUGAUUUUUUUUUCCUACAUAGUGCAAAACAGAAAAUCGAUUCAAAAUGUAUCCAUCUGUAUAUUUUGUGUUAUUCUUACGGAGACUUUGGUACAGCUGAGUGGAACAGCAGAAGGAUGUUUGAAUCCAUGUGGGCAUUGUUUGAUGACUAAGAGUCUGGUUUAAUGGGUGGAUAAAAGAAAAGGAUGUCUGUACCAAUAGCCUGUGAUAUUUUUUAUUGACUUGGUGUGGUGUGUGGUUCAUACAAAAAUUUUAAUGAUCUUGUGAUUUCAGCCUGUGACAACAACUCUUUGCUUGCCAUAACAACUGUCAUAUAUCUGAAUUGCACAUAAAUGCUGCAUAUAAAAAAUA